CACACACAGUGGAUGUUCCGUCUGCGCGUGUGCGUGCGUGUGUGUGUGUGGGCAAUCAUCGACUAUUGCUAUGUGGAAGACUAGACUCAGUCUUAGUCUCGGACUUGCUGGUCUAGUCUAGUCCAGUAGAGGGAGAAGAUCCACAUUGCUGGGGAUUGGGACUCACGUCGUCUGCCGUGAAGACGCAGCGAUAGCGUUUUUUUUAUUUUUUUAUUUAUUUUUUUAAAUUAUUCCCCCCUUAUAUACGACAUGGGGGAUGCCACGGUGCCGGUACCGUCUCGCCUGGUCGACAACUUUAUUGUUUAAAGCGCAGCUCGGCAAGAUUUGAUUUCUUCAUUUCCGAUCAAUGGGGAGCGCGCCUUUUUCUGGGGAAUUCGCGCCUUUUCCUGGGAAAUUCCCGCCCUUUCGCGUCCGCAUGAUGUUCACUUUCGCCGCCUUCUGCUACAUGUUGUCUCUGGUGCUCUGCGUCUCCCUCAUCUUCUUCGCCAUCUGGCACAUUACCGCGUUUGAUGAGCUGCAGGCGGACUUCAAGGUGCCCAUCGAUCAAGGCAACCCCCUCCAUGCGAGGGAGAGACUGAGGAACAUUGAGAGGAUUUGCAACCUGCUGAGAAAGUUGGUGCUGCCGGAAUAUUCCAUCCAUGUUCUCUUCUGCAUCAUGUUCUUGUGUGCCCAAGAGUGGCUGACUGUGGGCCUCAACGUCCCCCUGCUCUUCUACAACACCUGGAGUAGGUACUUCCAUUCCCCGACGGACACCAAGGAGCUGCUCUACGACCCGGCGUCGGUGAUGAACGGAGACACGCUGAAGUUCUGCCUGAAGGAGGCCUGGUGCAAGCUGUCCUUCUUCGUCCUCUCCUUCUUCUACUACCUCUACUGUGUGUGGAACCUGGAAAUAGCCCUCUAAUAGGUGGGAACACUUCAAGUAUGAUCUACUCCCUGGUUACCUCGUAACAACUCACUCCUGGAGAGACUCUGGCUACAUAUUUACCGGAGUUUCUUUUUGUGAUCGAAGCAGAGAGAGUUUCCUCCGAUCGGUUCUUUCAGAAGAGAAGGGGACGUACCGUUUGAAAGAACCGAGUCCACCAUUUACCGUUCGAUCGGCUCGUAGCUACCGCCCGGGGGACUUCCAGGACGUAAACUCCCGCUUCCACGGCUUCUUCCCGAGGGCCCACAGUCACCGACACUUUCCGGUAGCAGCCAUGGUAGCACGGAAGUUGAAGAGCACAGGAACCUUUGCACAGUUAGUCUCAGGCACAGCAGGGUGGGAUCACCCGAACACUGCCCGACCCAGCACAGAUCCCCCGUCUCCCCUCACCCGUCGUAGCAAGGGUGAGCGGGAAACGGGUGGGUGGGGUAAAUAAGUUGGAUCGCACUGCUUGAAGGGAAAAAACGACUCUUUGAUGUACUCUUCGACAAAAGGCAUUUUGACUAGAUCAAUGAGUUUCUGUACAGCAGCAAAUGCCUUGCUAGUCUUGUUUUGGUGUUGUUCAAAGACCGAGGACGUUCAUAAAGACUCACCCGUCCUUUUGCACAAGUAGAGUAUUUAACCUUGCACAAUGUUCAAGAUGGCGAAUGGUACUCCAGCCCAGGUCUUCCAGAGUCUACCGGUCCAAACAGGGAAGUAGUUCUCCACCUCUGUUCAAGCAAGGGACCAAAAUGCCUUCGUCCUUGGUAAGUUUUUCUGCCGAUGAAAGAACGAACAACAGUGAACGAUGCACAAAAAAGGGGGACAUUGUGGACUACAACCGACCAGUCUUCACUGAACUCUUGGACUCGGUAGAACACAUACUGGAUGCUUGCUAGAACACAUCAAGGUAAGACCUAGCCUCCCAUUCUGAGGUCGGACUAGUGGUCUUUGAAAGAUAACGUACGCUCCUGAGCACAAUCCUAAGGACGGGGCGGAAAUUACAAGUAUAGUACCGUAGUAGUACAAACCCCGUUUCCAUAUGAGUUGGGAAAUUCCGUUAGAUGUAAAUAUAAACGGAAUGCAAAUCCUUUUCAACCCAUAUUCAGUUGAAUAUGCUACAAAGACAACAUAUUUGAUGUUCAAACUGAUAAACUUUUCUUGUUUGCAAAUAAUCAUUAACUUUAGAAUUUGAUGCCUGCAACACGUGACAAAGAAGUUGGGAAAGGUGGCAAUAAAUACUGAUAAAGUUGAGGAACGCUCAUCAAACACUUAUAUGGAACAUCCCACAGGUGUGCGGGCUAAUUGGGAACAGGUGGGUGCCAUGAUUGGGUAUAAAAACAGCUUCCCAAAAAACGCUCAGUCUUUCACAAGAAAGGAUGGGGUGAGGGUCACCACUUUGUAAGCAAAUUGUCGAACAGUUUUAGAACAACAUUUCUCAACGAGCUAUUGCAAGGAAUUUAGGGAUUUCAACAUCUACGGUCCGUAAAAUCAUCAAAAAGUUCAAAGAAUCUGGAGAAAUCACUGCACGUAAGCGAUGAUACUACAGACUUUUGAUCCCUCGGGCGGUACUGCAUCGAAAACCGACAUCAGUGUGUAAAGGAUAUCACCACAUGGGCUCAUAACACCACUGUCAGUAACUACAGUUGGUCGCUACAUCUGUAAGUGCAAGUUAAAACUCUGCUAUGCAAAGCCAAACCCAUUUAUCAACAAUAUCUUGAAAUGCCGCCGGCUUGGCUGGGCCCCGAGCUCAUCUAAGAUGGACUGAUGCAAAGUGGGAAAAGUGGUCUGACGAGUCCACAUUUCAAAUUAUAUUUGGAAACUGAGAACGUGGUGUCCUCCGGAACAAAGAGGAAAAUAACCAUUCGGAUUGUUAUAGGCGCAAAGUUGAAAAGCCAGCAUGUGUGAUGGUAUGGGGGUGUAUUAGUGCCCAAGGCAUGGGUAACUUACACAUCUGUGAAGGCACCAUUGAUGCUGAAAGGUCCAUACAGGUUUUGGAGCAACAUAUGUUGUCAUCCAAGCAACGUUAUCAUGGACGCCCCUGCUUAUUUCAGCGUGACUUCGUAGUAAAAGAGUGCGGGUACUUUCCUGGCCCGCCUGCAGUCCAGCCCUGUCUCCCAUGGAAAAUGUGUGGCGCAUUAUGAAGCGUAAAAUACGACAGCGGACUGUUGAAGGACUGAAGCUCUACAUAAAACAAGAAUGGGAAAGAAUUCCACUUUCAAAGCUUCAACAAUUAGUUUCCUCAGUUCCCAAACGUUUAUUGAGUGUUGUUAAAAGAAAAGGUGAUGUAACACAGUGGUGAACAUGCCCUUUCCCAACUACUUUGGCACAUGUUGCAGCCAUGAAGUUCUAAGUUAAUUAUUAUUUGCACAAAAAAA